GAGGCGGGGGGCCGGCGGGAGCCAAGCCGAGGAAGAGGGCGGAGCGGCUCUCCGGGCGCGUCAUCGGAGCACCAUGGCGGACCUGGGAGCGGGCGGCGACAGCCACACGGGCGGCGAUGGCGUGGCGCAGAGCGAAACAGCGCCUGAUGGCAACAAAGUACAAGAUAAGAAAACCGCUGCCUCCCACCGUCCCUCCACUACUACUUCAGGACAAAAUAGCAACCACUCAGGAAAUAAACCAGACCCGCCACCUGUGCUGCGUGUUGAUGACCGGCAGAGGCUUGCGAGAGAGCGGCGUGAGGAGCGGGAGAAGCAGCUAGCUGCAAGAGAAAUCGUCUGGCUAGAGAGAGAAGAGCGGGCCAGGCAGCACUACGAGAAGCACCUGGAGGAGCGGAAGAAGAAGCUCGAAGAGCAGAGGCUGAAGGAGGAGCGGAGGCGGGCUGCCGUGGAGGAGAAGCGGCGGCAGAGGCUGGAGGAGGACAAGGAGCGUCAUGAAGCCGUCGUGCGACGUACAAUGGAGAGGAGCCAGAAGCCGAAACAGAAACAAAACCGGUGGUCAUGGGGAGGUGCUCUCCACGGGAGCCCAAACAUCCACAGCACAGAUCCAGACAGGCGGUCAGUUUCCACCAUGAAUCUUUCGAAACAUGUUGAUCCCGUCAUUAGCAAGCGGCUCUCCUCUUCAUCUGCAACUUUACUAAAUUCUCCAGAUAGAGCUCGCCGCCUGCAGCUCAGCCCGUGGGAGAGCAGCGUGGUUAACAGACUGCUGACGCCCACACACGCGUUCCUGGCCAGGAGUAAAAGCGCAGCUGCCUUGUCUGGAGACGCAGCAUCUUGCAGCCCCAUCAACAUCACGCCCUACAGAGCCGCACACUCUAGAAACCCACCGGAGCGACCAAAAUUCUUUGUAACACCACCCGAGGGCUCCGCGCGAAGGAGGACUGUUCACGGCGCAGCGGGCUAUAAAAGAGAGAGGGAGAGAGAAAAUGUACCCUUCCACCUCACAUCCGGUAGCCAAAGGUCUCUGUCUCCAUCUCAUCCCAAAGCCAGAUCAUCAGCUUCCUCCCGACUUUGGCUCCCAUCCAAGUCCUUUCCCCAUCUGCCCGGCACCCCCAGACCAGCACCCUCCACGCCUCCUGGACCAGUCAAAGCUGCCCCUGCUCAGGUCCGGCCUCCCUCCCCCGGCAACAUCCGCCCUGUCAAGAGAGAAGUCAGAGUGGAACCUGAGAGAAAAGACCCUGAGAAGGAGCCUCAGAAAGUUUCCAGUGAGCCCUCACUUAAGGGCAGAACACCUCUGGUGAAGGUAGAAGAGGCCACAGUUGAAGAGGCAACAGCAGUCGAAGCGGAGGCCGCCCCCGCUGCUCCAGCGGCAGCCGCAGCCCCAGCUCCGGCCCCGGCCCCAGCCUCCGCCCCAGCCCCGCCCUCCACUCUGACUGCCAGUGCUUCUCCGAAAACCUCUGCGGGGACCACCGACCCAGAAGAGGCCACAAGGCUGCUGGCUGAGAAGAGGCGGCUGGCCCGAGAGCAGAGAGAGAAGGAGGAGAGGGAGAAGAGGGAGAAGGAAGAGCUCGAAAGACAAAAGCGAGAAGAACUGGCCCUGAAGGUAGCUGAAGAGAGGAGCCGCCGAGAGGAGGAGGCCCGCCAGCUGGAAGCUGAGCUAGCCCGGGAGCGGGAAGAGCAGCUGCGGCGGCAGGAGGAGGAGCGGGCCCGGCGCGAGCGGGAGGAGAUGGAGCGCAUCCGGAAACAGAAGGACGAAGAAGCUCGUGUUCGGGAAGAAGCAGAGAGGGUCCGGCAGGAGCGGGAGAAGCAUUUCCAGAGAGAAGAGCAAGAGCGCCUGGAGAGGAAGAAGCGACUUGAGGAGAUUAUGAAAAGAACCAGAAGAACAGAAGCUUCAGAUAAGAAAACUGUUGAUCAGAGAAAUGGAGAUAUAACCAAGGGAACUCCCUCUGGAGAAACAGUAUCCACACUUCCAAAUAUGACAAACUCUCCAGGAUCAGAGGAACCAGAGGCCAGCACCCAUGUGGUUACCUCUCACCAGUCAACAGUGACUGUGGACAGUACUCCCAGUUUGGAAAAACAACCAAGUGAAAAUGGAAUAUCAGUUCAGAAUGAAAAUUUUGAAGAAAUUAUAAACUUACCCAUUGGAUCUAAACCGUCCAGACUAGAUGUCACCAACAGUGAGAAUCCAGAUAUUCCUUUGAAUCCAAUUUUGGCCUUUGACGAUGAAGGGACACUUGGGCCCCUGCCUCAGGUAGAUGGUGUUCAGACACAACAGACAGCAGAAGUUAUAUGAGCAUUUCUUCUGAAGAACCAAAGCAGAAAUUUAAAAAGAAUUUCUACAGUUAAUGGAAUUCCUUCCAUGCUACAAAGGAGCAUCUUCCCUUCCUCCAGUUUUCUAAAGAUUUCUUGACCAUCAUUUUGAAAGAUUUUAUUAAAACUAGCUAAAGACAACAGACUGGAAAGUUUUUCUAAUAAUUUUCGCCAGUAGAGAAAAAAAAAAUGCUCCUUGUUCUUCAGUACUUUAAAAUGGCUUUUUCCAGUGUGCUCCUUCUUAGGAAAUCAAUAUUUUUCUGCAUUCUUUAAAAGAUGAGACCAUUUGGCUAUCAAAAAUGGGCUGAGUAGGCAUGAUUUUUCACAUAGAUAUUUUGGUCUUUAAAUGCUAACAUGUAAAAUUGACAAAUUUUUACCUUUUACAAUAUAAUACUUGAAAAUAUAAGUACCUCUUGGUUCCACAGGUAGAGUCAAUAGGAGAGGUGUUUAAGCCUGUUUGUUAAAAUAUUAUUGCAAAGAGCUCUAUUUGUAGAGGCAGAUUACCAGGUUCCUGUAAAUGCAACUUGUACAUGGACAUUCUGCAAACCCUGCUGUCCCAUUCUUCUUGCAUCUUUUUGCUAAAGCAUACUCGCGUUUUAAAAUGUGAAAAAAUUAUUUUUUCUAGAGCAAGAAAAUAAUUUACUGUCCUCUUAAAUAAUGUAUUUAUAAAGUUUUUCAGAGAAACUAAUCAAAUAAAUUAGAACAAUGUAAUAACAUUGCAGAUUUGAUUUAUGAGAUGCAUUCCUUAUAUUACCGUGAGAGAAUGUUGCUGAUAAUUCAGGGCUAUUUCUGAAGUCUGUUUAUUGCUGCUGUCCCCAGUGAUGGUGGGACUUGACUUUGCCUUACCGGAUCUCAAAUUAUGUGCGAGGGAAUAAAGAUUUACUAUUUCUUUAAAUAAAAAAAAAAAAAAGAAUUUGGUUUUGCUCGUUUAAGAGCAAUGAAAAAUAUGAUGGAAUUGUUGACUGUGUUUGGCACCCAGGACACUGCAGGACACCUUCAUGAAGGUCCUUGUUCUGUGUGACAUCCAUCAGCUUUCACCCUUCACUUCUGCUGCUGAGCUUGGCUAUACAAACUUGCACUUUCAUUUGAUGAUAUAAAUUCAAUUUUAUUUUAUCAUUUGAGAGACUGUUAGUAACUAAAUACUGAAGGAGAGAAAACAUUGAGGAAACACAUGUUUUAUUAUGGAGUAUUUUUAAAAACUGAUAAACUUCUGCCACUAGAGUGUGCUUUUAUUAAAAGAGGGGUUAGGGGCUGUUCAUUUAUUGGACUGUUUCCUUAAAAUCCCAAUGUACCAUCUUUAGUAACAGCUGUAAUUUGUUAAAAAUAUUAAUUUGGGGGUUUUCCCUGUUCUCAGUUGUCCAUGUACACAUAGUCAUAUUAAAAGAAAAUCUGUUCAAA